AUGGCUCGUACUAAGCAGACUGCUCGUAAAAGCACAGGUGGCAAGGCCCCUCGUAAACAGUUAGCUACCAAGGCUGCUCGCAAGAGUGCUCCCGCUACCGGUGGUGUUAAGAAGCCCCAUCGCUACAGGCCUGGGACUGUGGCUCUCCGGGAAAUCCGUCGUUAUCAGAAGAGCACUGAGCUUCUGAUCCGCAAGAUGCCUUUCCAGCGUCUUGUGCGCGAGAUCGCUCAGGACUUCAAGACCGACCUCCGCUUCCAAAGCACUGCUGUCUCGGCACUUCAGGAGGCUUCUGAAGCUUAUCUUGUUGGUCUUUUUGAAGAUACCAACCUUUGCGCUAUCCAUGCUAAGCGUGUGACAAUUAUGCCAAAGGAUAUUCAGCUUGCUCGCCGCAUCCGUGGUGAGAGAGCUUAA